CUCGAAGUAAAAGACACUCUACUGCGGUGAAUAAGCAUUUUAGUUCUUUCGUCGUAGUUUUAAGACGUCAUUAUAUACCUAAAGGUUUACUUCGAAAAAAAAGUAUUUUUGACUGUGCUGCGUGCACAAACCGAAAAGUCUACUUAAUGCCACAGAAACAAUAAUGAAGAUCUUUCUGGAGGGCGUGGAAAAGUUUGUUGUCAUCACGUGAUAGACCUCUAAUGUUUGAUAAACUAUUUCUUUCUUAAGCUCCAGUUCUUUGGUUUCGACGUUCAAAGGAUAUUCACAAAUAAUGCCUCAACCUAAAUACAGAAAGAUUGCUGUAUUAGGGUAUCGUUCUGUUGGAAAAUCUUCUCUCACGAUACAGUUUGUAGAAGGACAGUUUGUAGAUUCCUAUGACCCUACUAUUGAAAACACUUUUAAUAAAAUGGUGUCUGUGAAUGGCCAGGAUUUCAAUCUCCAGUUGGUUGACACCGCUGGGCAGGAUGAGUAUUCCAUUUUCCCCCAGUCUCAUUCUAUGGAUAUUCAUGGUUACGUUCUGGUGUAUUCUGUCACUUCAAUGAAAAGUUUUGAAGUUGUGCAGGUUCUACACGACAAGCUUCUUGAUAUGGUUGGAAAGAUACAGGUACCUACUGUUCUAGUUGGGAACAAAAAAGACCUUCACAUGGAAAGAGUGAUUAAACCAGAAGAGGGAAAGAAGCUUGCGGACUCUUGGGGUGCCGCUUUUAUGGAGUCGUCUGCUAAGGAAAAUCAGACAGCCGUAGAGGUUUUCAAAAGGAUUAUUCUGGAAAUGGAAAAAGUGGAUGGAAAUGCCCCAUCAGAGGAGAAGAAGUGUGCUGUGAUGUAAGGCAUUCAGUAAACUCCCAGGCUGAAGUUGAGAGACACAUCACCAUGCCAUUAAUUAUUGCGGAGCGGUUCAGUAACAGGUCCUCUCCUGAUGAAUUAUUUCCAAAUGCAGGCAGAUUUUUAAGCAAAUCAGUACUGUUCAAAACCAACAUCAACAAACAUUCUUCUAAAAAAUCAGUAUUGGGAAUUCAAUAUUAAGGCUAAAAUUACUGUAAACGUACUGUAAAAAUUAUUUAAAAUCUCCCAUCUCUAUUACUUAAAGCUUUGUUGACUGACUUUAAUGUUUAAUCUGACGGGUACUAACCUGUCUGCAAUCUACGGUGUCACAUUAUUUCAGCAGUCCACAGUUGCUCCUAUUUGGAGUUUGUUGGGUUUUUUUUUUUUUUGCUUUCCCUCUGACAACUAUUUACUAAUUUUACUUAUCUUGAGUAACCAGCAAAAUUAAAAUGUGUAUCAGUAGUCCAUUUAAAUUUUAGUUUUUACAGAGACUUGUUGAGACUGCACACAUUAACAGCUUUCCUCUUCCUAGUGGAGUAUGUGAACAGUGUGUGUAUAUAUAUAUAUAUAUAUAUAUAUAUAUAAGACGAUGUAAACCACAUCCUAAAAGAUCCACUGUUCACACUGUUGGUUUUACACACAAUCAAGUGACUACAAGAACUGUAUUCUUUCUAAACCUUCAGUAUAAAGUAAAUAUGAGAUCUUUAAAACUUUGUUAGAGUUCUAUUUGUGAGACUUAGCCUUUUUUUUUUUUUUCAUUUGUUGGAAGUGUUUUGCUUUUGAUUCAUCUUGGUUAACUUUAAUGAUGCCCUACAACCGUUUUACUCAUGCCACUGUUAGCAUAAACUAUCUUUAUGUGGCAUACAAAGUGUUUGUGAGGAAAAAUCCACGAUUUUAGUAUGAUGCUGAAAUUCAUACAGGCCAUUUAGCGUUUGUGAGGGCGUAGUCUAAUAUUUACUUAGUUACCAAGGACCAGUCGAUUCAUGAUGAACAGUCCCCCCCCGUGGAGUCGUAUAAGCUUGAUCUUCAUUUGAAAGCAGGGUCACAAACAAUACCUCUGUAGAGCGGUUACGACUGAUAAUACACCAGCUACCAAAAAAUGUUUUCAAAUGCAGUUGUUGCAUCCUCCCUGAUUCCUAUUUAGUAACCCCUUAGAGAUACUAAAUAGCACCAUGAUACGAAUACCAUCCAGAAAUGUCCUGACCUGAUACUACAUUGAAUCAGCACUACUGAAGUCCAAGGGUUCUUUGAAAUCUGACCUCCUCAUUUUCCUGUGAAGUUCAGGGUGCCAGGUUUUUCAUUUUUAUAAUUUUGACAGCCUUCUUCAUUAUAAUUUUAGGGACUUCUGUAUAUGGAAUUUUUGUAUGUGGUAAAAUAAACAUUUAAAGAAUG